ACACGGACCAUUGCGCUCAAGCACUUACAGCGAUGAUUGGGUGUAGGUUUGUGCGUUGAGAAUUAUCAAACUGGAAUUGCAUGUUUGAUAAGAGCCAGCGGAGAGUAAAGGGCAGACGAUGCAGCAGAAUGGUGCUUUGAGCUGCGUGUGUAUGUGUGCGGGAUUAGCCGCUACUUAGCUUUGUGUGCGGGGCGCUCCGAGCCGCCAGCCGCGUCAGGUGGAUGCGCCCGCAGUGAUCCAGGUCGCCCCUAUGGAUCGCGUCCAUGGAUGUCUUCAAACCUGCUUUGGACGAUAGUUUGAGUCCCAAGGCGUGCGUUUCCUCAUCGACUGAAACGGAGGCAGAUGUUUUUCGCUGGCCGGAACCGGAGAAUGGCAUCAGCGGCGCGCCGGCUGCAGGUCCAGCCGCGUCGGGCUUCUGGACGGCCGUCUUCGACUAUGAAGCGAGUGCGGACGAUGAGCUCAGCCUGCGGAAGGGGGACCUGGUGGAGGUCCUGUCCAAGGAUUCCCUGGUGUCGGGAGAUGAGGGCUGGUGGACUGGUAUGAUAGCGGACCGGGUCGGCAUUUUCCCCAGUAAUUAUGUCAGCAGUGGGAAUGGCAUUCCGGAGAAAAUACGGGACACCUCAGAUCAGCAGUACUCAGAUUACUCAGUGCCUCCUCUGCACCUUCUGGAGAUUGACUUCUCAGAGCUGACGCUGGAAGAGAUCAUUGGGGUCGGUGGUUUUGGAAAGGUGUACCGCGCAUUGUGGCAGGGCAAUGAGGUAGCAGUGAAGGCGGCACGACGGGACCCAGAUGAGGACGUGGAGCAGACUUUGGAGAGCGUACGACAAGAGGCCAAGCUCUUCGCCAUGCUUCACCAUCCCAACAUCAUGGCUCUGCUCGGGGUCUGCCUGCAGGAGCCCAACCUCUGUCUGGUCAUGGAGUUCGCCCGGGGUGGCCCCCUCAACCGGGCCCUGGCAGGGAAACGCAUCCCUCCCUGCACACUGGUAGACUGGGCUGUGCAGAUCGCCCGUGCCAUGCACUAUCUCCACUGUCAAGCCAUCGUCCCCAUUAUUCACCGGGACCUCAAGUCCAGCAAUAUCCUUAUCCUUGAGCGGGUCGAGAUGGAAGACCUUAGCAACAAGACUCUGAAGAUCACAGACUUUGGCCUGGCCCGAGAGUGGCACCGCACCACCAAGAUGAGCGCCGCCGGCACCUAUGCCUGGAUGGCCCCCGAGGUUAUCCGCUCGUCCACCUUCUCCAAGGGUAGCGACGUCUGGAGUUAUGGCGUGCUGCUGUGGGAGCUGCUAACAGGAGAGGUGCCUUUUCGGGGUAUUGAUGGUCUUGCUGUUGCUUAUGGUGUGGCAAUGAACAAACUGGCUUUGCCCAUCCCCUCCACCUGUCCUGAGCCAUUUGCACGUCUUAUGGAGGACUGCUGGAGCCCAGAUCCUCACUCCCGGCCCCUGUUCACCAGUGUCCUGGACCAGCUGACUGCCAUCGAGGAGUCCGGCUUUUUUGAGAUGCCAGUCGAGUCCUUCCACUCUCUGCAGGAUGACUGGAAACUGGAAAUACAGGAAAUGUUUGAUCAACUGAGGACCAAGGAGAAGGAGCUGCGAUCGUGGGAGGAGGAGCUUAGCCGCGCGGCGCUACAGCAGAAGUGCCAGGAGGAGGCGCUGAGGAGGCGCGAGCAGGAGCUGGCGGAGCGAGAGAUCCACAUCCUGGAGCGAGAGCUGAACAUCAUCAUCCACCAGCUGUACCAGGAGAAACCUCGCGUGGAGAGCAGGCAGGGCAAGUUCCGCCGCAGUCGCCUUAAACUGAAGGACGGGAACAGGAUUAGCUUGCCAUCAGAUUUCCAGCACAAAAUCACAGUGCAGGCUUCGCCCUCACAUGAUCGACGCCGGAGUUUGCUCAGCAGCGGUUCCAGCCCUCCGACCAGUCCACCGAUACUGCCCCGUCUGAGAGCCAUCCAGCUCACCCCGGGGGAGGGCAACCUCACGGCCUGGGGUCGCAAUGCAGGUUUCCAGCAGGAAGAAGAGGAGGGGGAGAGGAAGGGCUCCAGGAAGAAGGGCAGAUCCCGUGGCUCGGGGCCAUACAGGGAGCACAGCGCAGACGCCAGUGUGAAGCCUGCCCAUGAGGGCAGCAGGCAGCGGUCCUGCAGUGCCCCUAACCUGCGUCGGUCCCCCCGACACAGUCCAGCCGUGCCUGGAGUGCCAAGCCUCGUGGAGAUGGAGAAUGAAGACUGCUGCUUCACCGCUGAGCCAGGCAGCUCUCCUGGCCAGUCCUACCUCUGCAUCCCCUUCAACAGGGACGGCCACGCGGCUGCUGCUAACGGUGAUGGAGGAGAGUACUGCCCCAGUGGCCAUGUCCCAGAAACACCCCCGAGCAGGAAGAGCCCAGGUGGGGCCCGGCGCUCCGAGCUGGUCCUGCUGGGCUGCGGGGCCCUGCUGGCAGCCGUCGGAUUGGGCUUCAACCUGCUGACUUUAGCUCAGCCUGAGGGGAGCAUCAAGCCGCGAUGGGAGGGUUUCUUCCACAGAACAGGGGGCCAGAGGCGGAGCACCAGCCCCCCGACUCGCAGACUGUUCCGACGGGAAAGCCCUCUGAAACCUCCAGCACCCUCGCUGCCCGAGCGAGGCGUGCCUGCCUCUUUGACACUGCUGUCCUUAUCCUCGGUGUCUGACUGUAACUCGACUCGCUCACUGCUGCGCUCUGACAGUGAGGAGUUGUUAGUCUACCGUCCCGCCUCGCCGCCUCCACGGGCUGCUGUCCCGCGUCACGUCUUGCAGCCGCAGACGCUGCAAGCCCCUGUCAACCCUCUGGUCAACACUCACCUCGAGAGCUUCAAGCGCAACCCGCGCCAGUCUCUCACACCCACGCACAUCCCCUGCGCCCCGAGCUCCUCGCGUAGCUUACGCAGAACCCCGUCCGACGGAGCAAUCAAGAAGAACUGCCCUCCGAAUAAUCUCCAGCCUUUGCCAGAACAAACAACAUUAGAAAACACAGCAGGAGGCUUUAGAGGUGUAAAGGAAGAGUGUUCUGAGGUACCACGCCUACCCGACCCAAAUGUGGUGUUCCCUCCAACACCGCGUCGUCGCUGUGCUCCCGAACGCCCCAAAACUCUGGACUUUGUGGCUCGGCCGCGGCCCUCCCCGCGGGCGCGCUGUGACAUGUUCUGGGCUGAAGGGAGGCCCAGGGGGAGCCUGGGUAACGGAGAGUCCCCCGCCCACACCUCCAGCACAGAGACCCCUCCCACUGUGGAGUUUGGGAGGGACAUGGCCGUGCCGCCUACACCCAUGGAGGCCCCGACACCCUACUCCCCACGCAGGAACGACAACCUGCUGGAUUUGCAGGACGAGGGACAGUGCCGGGACGGGACGGUCCCACUCUGUAGACCGGAGCUCAGCUUUCCCAAAGACUCACCUUACCGCUACAGGCCUGGAUUCUGGUCUUAACUCGGCCCCCCUGUGUGUACAGCUCCCGUCCUCCUACCAGUUUCCAGUGGUGCAACACAAGAAGGGAACUUUUCCCGCUAUUAAGCUUUGGAUUGUUUAAAGAUCUGGGUCAAUUAGUACUUGCAGAUAAUUUUUAGCAUUUGUUUUUACCUGUAAUGAAUAUCUGAUGGGUGUGUUGACAUGAACCAUGCCAUUCAGAAAGUUGUAAACCACAGGAAAACAUGUACAAUUGACUUUCAUACGUUUACUGUGGUUAUUUAAACUUUUGUAGUAUUGCCCUCCCAUAUGGCACCUGAGACGGCUAAAGCAAACCAUGAAAAGUAUUUGAAAAUAUUACUUGACCCAGGUCUGGUUGUUAAUGCAUUAUACGGACAAGAUCAUCCUCUUGUUUGGUUUUUCUCACUUACUGAUGCCAUGUCAUUUUUCUUUUGGCGACGCUGUAAAGAUUCGUGUCCCGAGAAACAGCAGAACAGAUGUACCCGUUUGCUUUGUAGCGCAAAAGGCACCGACAGUCUCACAAAGCUUUACACAUUCUUCCUCUUCGUUUCAGGCUCGAAUUUGAGAUUGUGCAUUUUAUGAAGUGCGCCUUUCUGGAAAGCAUCAUGAAUGUAAAGCUUCAGAUUUUCCAUUGUUGUUAAAAAAAAAUGAUUUACACUAUGUUAUUUGUACUUCUUCUGCAAAAAAAACAACAACUUUCUUUGUGUUACUUGAAUUCAUGUGUAAAUCUCACUCUCUCGGGCCUCGGGUUUUGUGUCGUAGAUUCCUGUUUUUGUACUGAACACCUGUCAUCACCAAUCACUUCUAAAAAUAUCCCAAUUAAAGUUCUGCUGUUGUAAUAAUACAAGCACUUCCCUACAUUAGCCACCCACAGUCUUCAAACGUUGUUAAUACUGUAAUGUCUGACAUCCUCUCCAGCCCUGUGUGGCAAACUGUACUAUAAUUACGAAUGUGACUAUUUGACUUAGGCUGACUGCCUGCUGAACUGCUGGUUCUCGACUGGUUUUGCAAUUUGUAUCAUCAGGAAAUAAUUACCAGUACAUCAAGUAGCUUUCUCGUUUCCUCUGUGAUGUAUUCUUUGUCUGCGACCCAACACUGUCAGAGCAGCUUGGGAUCUUCCUGUGGGUCCCGAGGCACCAGUUGAGAAACGCCUCUGCGCACUAAAAGGGAACAUUUGUAUUUGUAACUCUGUAAAUUGUCUGCCUCAUGAACUGUUGCUGCAGAUGAGUGGAACAUGGGAGUCGUGUUUACAUUAAUGUAAGGGACAAACUGCAUGACUCUUGAGCGGCACAUGGAAAAAAAAAAACGGGCCCCGGUGGCAUGUGAAAGUUUAUUUCUGAUUAUUUAUGUUUAUAUUGAUUUUAAAUUAUAUUUAAUUUUUCAUUAACUUAUUUGAGGACUUAUUUUUUUAAUUUACUGUAUUUGCCUUGCUUUUUUUGGACACUCCUUAAUGCUGUUGAUGAAUGUUUUGAGAGUGUGAUCUGGCUUGUGAGAAAAUGUGUUUAUUCAUUUUCCUGUAGCUCAUCUCAGGCAUAAGAUGCUUCACAGCGGAUCACUGCAGUGGUGUGGACAAAACACCCGGAGCCUGCUGCCUCUGAGGUUUCAUCAGAGCAGCUGAGAGCAGCCACACUAACUGGUAGUUCAAUGCAGCAUUUGCAUUUUGAGUAAUUUCUUCCUCGCCACACUUUGAAUUAUCCUCAGUUUUAUUUUGCCUCUGUUUUUUCCAGUUCAACUGUAAAAAAAACUCACAUAGUCAUUCUCUGCUGCUCUUUGCCCUGCUACUACUAGGCGAGGCUGACAUCCAAAAUUGCGUAUUGUGAUACUAUGCAGUCAAAAUAUCACAAUAUUUGCUAUUACAUUGUCUGAAAUAUUGCAGAUAGCCACACAUAUUGCAAUAUUCGAUAUUGCCAGAUAUCAGCCCAAGCCUUGUUGCCAUUGUCCCCUCUGCUGCUUGUGCGUCUCACUCAGAGUUACAUGUUCCCAUUCAAUAUGAGAGUUGACUGAAUGAAGUUGUUUUACUGAACUGAAGGCAUGCAAACUGGGCUGUGCACACCGCUUACAGCUCAAAAUUUGUUUUUCUCUUGUUCGUAUGGACCAGAUGUGGGUCAAAUGGUAUUUUCAAAUUAUUAUCAGUGUAUGAUAUAACUUACUUGGAGCACCAAAUGGGGUAAUCGGUUGUGCAGUGCAAGAAAACUCACUAGAUUUACUCUUUUCUGUGAUUGCCUCAACUAUCUGGCACAGGUUAAAAAACGCUAACAAUUAUUUGCAAAUGCUAUUUGACCCAGCUCUCAAAGGGAGACGGUUAAAGCUUGUUCCACUCAUUUUAUUUACAUUUUUUUCAAGUGACCUCUCAGCCCAGAAUAUUGUAUCCACCGAGAUUUGAUCUCUCAAGUUAAUUUAUUGUAAGUGUGAACCAAUGUAUUCUGUAUGUAAAUGUGAAUGCUUUUUUCUCUGAGGAGUCGGGAGAAUGUGAUAAUCUUUGAUGUGCAACACAGUAUUUCGACAAAGGGUGCAAGUUGAAGCAAAGCACCCCCCCAUCCUCUGAGGCGUAGCUAAGGUGUCUUUAACCGUUGGAAAUAUUACCACAAAUAAGCUGAUCAUACUGUUGCUUAUGGACAAUAUUUCAGGUUGGAAAACAAUACUGUUACUGACAGACUUGUAUUUGCACUGGAACACACUGAUUUGAGUAAAAUCGUAGUAAACAAUUCAACCGUG